UACAAGAAGAAAGUUUAACAUGCAGCAAGCAUGAAAAUUAUUACAGACUUCAUUGUUUGAAGAACAGGACUGACGAUCUCAUGUAACACCCACAGACAUAGGGAACACGAAGUAAAAGGUAUAUUAUAUGAGUUCUUUCAAACCUGUCAUAGCGUUGAAGUUUUGUUAGCCUUUUUUUUUUUUAUUUUGGACCGCUGCACAGACAUUUUCAAGCUAGCUUAAUCUGGAUAAUAUUUAGUGUUCCCCUUUUUAAAUUAAUUUCUGCCAACUACUAACGUUUUAAACCUUUAGGGAAAUGUUACUUCACUGCAUCAGAAGGCGUCUCCAGCUUUUAAGCGAAAAGCUCCCCUGGUAUCAUCGGAAUAUAUCCAAGUGCAUUAGUACUCGUGAUGUCAGUUCUGAUGAAACCAGCCUCUUGAUGCAACUUUGCGCUGAGCGUUAUUACAUUUCUUCUGAAGCGUUUCACACUAGGUCAUGUACAUAUGGGCCCUUAGGAACAGAACUAAAGAAAAACAUUAUUGAGCUGUGGACUUCAGCAAUACGUUCAAGAGCAUAUGUUUUUGGGAUAAAUACCUCAGCGUUAAGUAUAACGUGUGAGGAACCUUUCAGGAUUGUUGACAUAAGGACUCUUAAAGAAAUCCUAAACCAAGACAGUUUUACUACAGAAGAAGCAUCUCAAAAGAUUCAAAAACUUUUGAAAGACAAUGCGUCUGUUCGGACGAGUCUGCUACAGGGUGCUUUACAGCAGUAUACUCAGGCUUUGGAGCUUGUGAAUAGGACAUUACCUUUUGGAUUGGCAGAGGUUGGUCUGUGCCAUCAUUUCGAUAAUCAGCUCAGACAUUCAUCCAGUAACGAAUCAUCUUUGGUCUGGUUCUGUUCUCCCCGGACUUCUUCACAGUGGAUGGACUACUGGGCUCAUCAAAGACUGCAGUGGUGGAGGAAGGUAAAGCAUGGAAGCACAAAUAUGGGAGAAUUGGGUACUGACACUUAGAGCAGUGGUGGUUCUCAACUGGUUUGGCUAUGGUCGUUAAGCUGUGACCCAAAUAUUUUCCAUAUUUUCUUAAAAAUGCCUGACACACAAGUACUGUCCCUCUUUACUUAAAAUUACAUUAAAGGGAUAGUUCUUUCUUCUGAACACAAAAGGAUAUGUUUUAAAGAAUGUUUCAGACCUGACUUCCAUAGUAUUUUUUUUCUUACCAUGGAAUAUUUUUUUUCUUUACUCUUGUGUCUGACAGUACAUUUAAAUUGGUAAAGUUACUGAUUUGAAAAGUUAGUAAUAAAAUAUACAACAAAGCAACACAUUAUAUAAUAAAAUAAGCAGAUCUAUU